AUGGAUCGAGCGUCAUUGACUGAUGAAGUGCGGAACUACUUGCAACAAAAGAGGUACGUUGUCGUGUUUGAUGAUGUUUGGAGUGUACAUUUCUGGGAUGAUAUUGAAUUUGCUGUGCUUGAGUUGCAACCUUUAACUCAAGAAGAAUAUUUAGAGCUGUUCAAUAAGAAGGCAUUCAAAUUUGAAUGUGACGGGUGCUGUCCAAAAGCGCUCACUGGUAUAGCCAAUGAAAUUGUUCAAAAAUGUAAUGGCUUACCUCUAGCAAUUGUUGCCAUUGAAGAUUAUGUAGUUAGAUCAUAUAGACCGAUUCAUCACUGGAUAGCUGAAGGGUUUGUGAAGGAGGAAAGGGGGAAGACUUUGGAAGAAGUUGCAGAAGGAUAUUUAACAGAGUUGAUCCAUAGUUGCUUGGUGCAAGUAUCCUCGCUUAGAUUUAAUGGUAAGGUUAAAUAUUGUCGUGUUCAUGAUCUAAUACACGAUAUGAUCCUUGAAAAAAAAUGA